UAACUAAUUGUCAAUUAUGUGUCAAAGACGAGUCAAUUGAAUUUAUGUUUGUAUUUGUUUAUUAAAAUUAAAUGCCUUUUUACCGUAAACCAAAAAAUUUUACACCAUUGUGUAUGAUAGCAGAGAAAAAAUCAAUAAAAAAUGAUGUUCAUCAUUCUAUAUUCACAUCACGUUUUGAUAAAUUCGUGGGCGAUUGGAGAAAUGACUUGAAACAUGGUAAAGGAUAUUUUUUAACUAUUACCGGCAAAUUAUAUGAAGGAGAUUGGUAUAAAGGUUUCAGACAUGGUAGUGGGACUCUCAGUAAUCGACUAUCAAACGGUACAUUUUAUUUGGAAUACCGUGGUGAUUGGGUCAGAGGGAAGCCUGAGGGUGUUGGUUGGUGGUACUAUAAGAAUGGGGAUGUCUACUUCGGCUUCUGGAAGAGAGGAUAUCGUCAGGGAUAUGGUAAAAUGUGGUACAAUGAUGGCACUUUAUAUGUCGGAUACUGGAAUAAGGGUGUCAAGGAAGGUUUAGGCAUGCUUGUCCAAGUAAAUGGUAAUCGCUACGAAGGUAAUUGGAAAGGCGAUAAAAAGAAUGGUUUGGGUCGUUUCUACCACAUGAGCACGGGGCAACUUCAGGAAGGCUGCUGGAUAGAUGAUUUGUGUGUAAAGUCUAAAAUGUUGGACAUCAAUGUGCGACAGUUUUGUAUCCGGCCAACAGAAUAUCCAUUACCUCCAGAGACGUUACAAAAUUCAAGGAAAGUUCUGGAAGAAAGCAAGCUCUGGCUAUCUCAGUUAUUGGGUGACAUCGACAAAAAAUUAAAAAACUGCAUCGAUUGAAUUUGUUUAUUAUCUAUAUCAGAUCGUAUAUAACAAUAUUUGUUAAACUAUCUUUCUACAAAUAAAAACUUAUUCUAGUAAAAUAGGGUAUUGACAGAUUUCGUUACAAUGUCAUUAAUUAUAUCACAGAGUAAUUCAUUAAAUUGAAUUAAGUAACUCUUAUAUUUUUAAAUUUAAUAAGUCACAGCGUGCUUACAUUCCCUGCUUACA